CACACGUGGAUUCUGACAUGUUUGCACACUCCAGAGUUGUCCACAAGAAGAGGGAGACCAUCACCGCUCUGCCUCUCCACUACUCUGGAACUCUGCUGAAGAGAGAACGAAAAGAUGAGGAUUUUAAGACGUUCUACGCGGAGCUCCGAGGAGCCACACUCUUUCUGUACGAGAAUGACUCACAGGAUACAUACACAGAUAAGCUGUUCCUGGAGGACCUGAAGUCCAUGGAGUUAGAGUCUCCAUAUAAGAAUAUGCAGCCAUGCAUCUUCACUCUCACACUGCCCACAGGGGAGGUGCAGCUUAAGUUGAACAAUCCUGACAAAGGAGAGGAGUGGAGGUGUUACAUCCUGACUGUGACCAAAAGACAGAUUCCCAGUAAGGUGCAGCUGCUGCCUGGUCAGGUGUCACGGCUGGAGGACGCUCUGGCUGAGGAGAGGAGGAGAAAAAACCUCCCCAUGUUCCGUCCGGAGCUCCCACCCCGACCAGCCCACCUAAACACAACCCCCAUCUCCCCUCCGCUGACCAAAGACAAGCCAGACCAUGACUCGGAGUUGCCCAAGUGUUUCUUCAACGUGACCCGGGAGGAAGCUAAACGGAUGUUGGAGGCAAACCCCGAGUACGGAAGCAUGAUCCUCCGUCCAUCCAAACUUCCCAACAACUAUGCUGUGACCCUCAGACAAGUGAUGUCCAGUGGGCCUGUUGUGACCCAUUACAGAGUGACCUCCACAAACGCAGGUUUCAUCAUUGAAUUGGACGAACCAGUGACCGUCUCCUCCUUGGACAGUGUACUUAAAUACUUUCUUGAAAAGACAGAGUACCGUUUUCAACCCUACAUGCCUUCUGAGCCCUACAACACUCGCAUCGAUUUGGCGCCUGCUCCGGAGUACAUCACCAUGAGGCCAUUUGCAUCUAAAACAGUACCCAAAGCUGAAGUGGUACCUAUGCAGAAGUCACAGACCAAAGAUGUAUUUCCGUCCUCUACAAACAAGGGUGUGGAAGCUCAGUUGAAUGAAGAGCUUCUGGAAGCUUUUAAAAAACUGAAGAAACCCGUCAACGCCACAGCUGGCAAGAUGGAAGUCAUCACCUGCGAGGGUGAAACCAGUGAAGAUUCCAAGUUCAAAGUACAGUGGAAUCCGGAGACUGCAGCAAAGUAACAAAGUCUAACAAAGAUUACAAGCUACCCUGUGGUUAUCAUUCUGGCACUAAUGACACAACAUUAGUGAAAAUAUGUCAGAAAUGAACUGGUGUGGAGAUUAAAUUUAAAUGAAAGAGGUUCUCAGUUUCUUAAAGCAAACUGUCACAAACUCAGAGGAUCACAAAAACAAAAAUCCAUUACAGUUUCCCAGAAACCAAA